GGAAGGGUACAGAAAUGGUAUGCAAUGCCAGUGGCUAUAAUUUAAUAUUCUUUCACUACCCAAUUUUUUUGUCUGCUGAGGGUGGGAGGGAUGAAUAAGGUUAUCCCUUCCCUUUCAAUUCUCUAUGGCAACCAGUAUAUUUGAGACAAAAAUGAGACAAAAAUAGUUUUAAGAUGGCAGGCAGCCAAUCAAAUUCAUGCGAGUUGACACCUUUUUCAAAUAUGAAUAGAAGGUAAUGACGAUGCAUGUGGAAGUUAUCUUAUCAUUAUGGCCCUUAAGUUGGUUAGAAAUAAAUUAUUUAUUUGAUAUGCUGAAUGGAUAGAAAUAGUUAACUGAACUUCGUCCUGUCAAGUUGGGCUUCCUGUGUUGUCUCGGUCAGUGAGUUGGGACUUGUUGAAAAAAGAAAACAAACAAACAUGGCCGACUUUUGUGGCCAAGUUUUUUGUUUGGUUGUUUCCUCAAAUUUUUUCUUGAGCUAACCCAACUAGUGUUUAAGAGUUGUUUAAAAGUAGCUACUAGUCUCAAAAAUAGCGAAGAAGUUUAAUUCAUGGAUGUAGAUGUUCAAAAAAACACAAAUACUCGUCUCCUCAGUGAAGACGUCUACCGUCCUUUGCGAUCUAAAGGACAAAGCUAUGCAGCUCCUUGUACUAUCAUCCAACAUCUAAACCACACUCUUGGAAACCACCAAGGUCUAUUAGUAAGCGCCUGCAAUUUUGCAGUUCAUGAUGACUCCAUCCUAAUCACUCAAACGACAUUUCCAGGUUCAAAUACAGCCCACACUUUCAAGGCUGGCUUCGUUCAAAGUUGGGAUUUGACGGAAGAUUCCGAGACAGGACACGAUGACAGUUUGUUCACCUACGCACCAAGACCUGAGUUUUCCUUGUCUCCAAACGAAGGGAUAAUAUCCUCGAUACUUAACAGUGGAAAAGGAGUUCUUAUUCUGGCGGAGAUUGAUGACGAUUCAACUCUAGAACCUUGCAAGUUUGAGUGCGUUUCGAAAUUUGGGUCUGAUAACUUGAGUGCAAAAAUAAUAAGUUGUGUUUUUUCUCCAGAUGGUAGACUGGUAGUAACUAUUAGUGUUGUGUUGUUUAAUGCUCUGCUCGGUCAACAGUACCAUGAUAUGUGCCUCUGGAGGCUCGGAAAGGCUAGGGUUUUGCAGAAAUGCUCUAAAAUUCGAUGUGAAAACCAUCUUUCUGGAUUUUCUGGUGAGCCACAGAGUUGUAUUUUCUCGCCUGAUAGCUCGCUCCUUGCCUUGUCUACAACAGAUAGUCAACUGUAUGUUCUUAGAAGUAACAGGUUGGAGGUCUUUGCAGUUAUUCGGAGCACAAGAACUCUUGGCAAUAACUGUAUGUGUGCAUUUGACCCUUGUGAAUCUCUUACAAAACUAAAUAUUGGUUUAUCAGAUGGCUUAUUUCAAGUAUGGAGAUUGAUUCCUGGGAAUAUUGACUGUGUAUUUGAAGAGAGAAUCUUGUCCUCGAGUGCCGACAGGCUUACUUCGAUGGCAUACACUCUUGAUCACUCUUUAUUAGCCUUUGGAACGACAGCUGGCGAUAUCAUCAUCUAUGAAACAGAAUUAUACAUCCAGCUAUAUAAAUUAAAUCCUAACGAUGCUGUAGAUGUAGACAAUUUGCAGGUCUGCUCUAUUGCUUUUGCUAAAUCCUGUCAAGAACUUGCAGUGGGUUAUGAUGAUGGGUGUGUUCGCUUAUGGCAGCUGCCGGUGAAGAUGAACUUACAACACAUGUGUCGGCUGGAGAUUAUCCAACUAUUGCCAGAAAACAUGAUUUAUAGAUUACCAUUACCUGAACCCUUAAGGGCAUAUCUCAUGUUUAAAGUGUCCUUUGCCGUUGACUCAUCAGAUGAUUAAGGGAUACCUCAUAGAAUUUAGGGACUGCCAUAAAAAUGGUUAUUCAUGUUUACCCAUUCAUAACUCAUGGGGGGGAGGGGGGUCUAUGUGGAUUUGAGGGGGCCAGCAAUUUUUGGAAGCAGCAAAAUAAUAGGUUUUCAAAGGGGGAGGAGUCUAUGAAAGGUAUUACAUCAAGACUCAGAAUUCAAGUAGCCCCUCACCCCACUCUAUAAAUUAUGAAUGUAUGGAUUGACUUUAAAGUAUGGAUUGAAUCUAAAAUGACUUGUAUAAUCAAAAUUAUAGUGGAUAUCUAAGUAUUGAAUGAAAACUAAAGCAAAUAAAAUGAUGGUAUCACAUAACGAAGAUCCAAACACUAAUUGCCUUGCAGCAUUACCAUCACUAAGAUGUCUAUAGUAGAGGUAAUAGCUUAGAAGGAUUUUACUUGGCCGUUGAAACAAAAUCAUAUAGAUAGUGGCUAACAGUCAAAGUAAAAUAAUACAAAACAAUGGAAUUAGUGUCUACUAAUUAGCAAUUAGUCCCCUAAUUGGCCUAUAGCCCUUGAGACCAAAGGCCGAAGGUAAGGGUAAGUGGAAUAAUUGUUUUUGUCAAAUCCAACUAGUCGGUCAAAUAGAUGCAAACAAGUUUUGAAUUAAAAUUGUGUUAUUUAGUUUUCAAACUCUGGUACUUUUCGCUACUAGUAGGCUAUAACUUAUAGCCUAGUAGUAGCUCAUCCAAUCAGAGUGCAGCAUUGAUGACAGACCGUUAGUUGGAUGACCAUCUUAUAAUCAUUACUCAUGUGGCAGCCAUGUUCAUUCUCAUGGUAAUGAAAGCCUUUAUUUAACCCACAUAAAUUUAUUCUUGGGCACUUAAAUGAGAAACUAGACAAGGAGAAAUUUAUGUUCCAGUCAACAUGGUUGUUGCUUGAGCAAAAUCCCUGCAAGAUUUGUAGUCCAAAGCUGUUUUUGAGGAAAAGAGUACACAGGAAGCCCAACUUAGACAAGAACAUUUGCUUGUUCAGUGUUGGUGUAAAUAUUAAUGUAUAGAUUACUUGGAAAAAACAUGUUUGUGAUUUCUCAUCA